CCACUGUUAACUUUUCUUUACUUUCCAGCCUUUUAAAAAUGCACAGAUUGGUAAAUAAAUUGUAUAUUUGUGAGUGUGUAUAUAUGAACUUUUAAAAACAUGAGUAGGAGCUUAUAGUAGAUGUCCAGUCUAUGUAUGGUACCCAUCCGUUCUCUUUUCUCUGUCAUUAUAGACAGUGUCUUACAUGGUACUUAGUACAUAUCUAAGUGUGUUAUAUGUAUUAACUCGUUUAAUUCCUCACAGCAAUCCUAAGAAGUAGGUUCUUGUAUUGCCUACAUUUUAGAGAAGGGAAAACCUAGGCCCAGAGAGGUUCUGUAAGUUGGCCCUUGUCACACAGCUAGGAAGUGCUGGAGUCAGGAUUUGAACCACAUAGUCUGGCUCUGGAGUGACGCUCUUAACUCUUCCUCUCAGUGCUUUUUCACAGGUAGAAGCACCCUCUUUUAGUUGGCUGCAUUGCGUUCCAAUACGUGAUUUACCCAACGUAUUUAUGCAGUCUCAUCUUGUUGGAUACUCAGAUUCUUCUUGUUUUUUCACCUUCACAGAUAGUGUGGUGAACAGCAUCAGUGAACAUAGGUUUUUUGCAGCUUCUUUCUUAGGAUAAAUUCCCGUGGGUGGAAGUGCUUGGUCAGAGCUCAGGCACUUGUUCAGUGUUGUAGUGUCUACUAGAGAGUCCCAGAGUAGGGCUGGGCGCAUUUAUCCCCCCACGGGGCUGCCUCUUCCCCCUCAUCCUCACCACCACUGGCUGUUGUUACACGUUUCAGAGUUUGCAUUCUGAUAGGUGAGAAAUUCACCUCCUUGUUCCAUUUUUUGUCUCCUUGAUUAUUGAUGAUCUCUGACUUUUCAGGUUGGUCAAUUUUGUUUUAUGACCUUUUAUACGUUUUUUGGUGAGGAAGAGGGUCUUUCUUCUGCUUAUUGAUUAUCAAGAGCUCUGUAGAGAUAACCAACUCUUUGCCAUAACCCCCCAGGCCUGCCUGCCAUUGCCGUCUGCUGGUUUGUGUGCUGUCUCUAUGGGAGCAAGCUCGUCAUCGACUGGCACAACUACGGCUACUCCAUCAUGGGUCUGGCUCACGGCCCCAGCCACUGCCUUGUUCUGCUGGCCAAGUGGUACGAGAAGCUCUGCGGGCGCCUCUCCCACCUGAACUUGUGUGUGACGAACGCAAUGCGGGAAGACCUGGCAGAGAACUGGGGCAUCAAAGCCGUGACUGUCUACGACAAGCCAGCAUCUUUCUUUAAAGAGACGCCCUUGGACCUGCAACACCAGCUCUUUAUGAAGCUGGGUCGCACCUACUCUGUGUUCAGGGCCCGCUCCGAACCCUCGGACGCGGCCACGGAGAGGUCGGCCUUCACGGAGCGGGCUGCGCGGAGCGGCGAGGUGACGCAUCUUGGCGGGCGGCCGGCCCUGCUGGUCAGCAGCACGAGCUGGACAGAGGAUGAAGACUUCUCCGUCUUGCUGGCGGCGUUAGAAAAGUUUGAACAGCUGAUCCUGGGUGGAGAGAGCCUGCCUUCUCUGGUCUGUGUGAUAACAGGCAAAGGGCCUCUGAAGGAGUAUUACGGCCGCCUCAUCAGCCAGAAGCGUUUCCGGCACAUCCAGGUCUGUACCCCGUGGCUGGAGGCUGAGGACUACCCCCUGCUUCUAGGGUCGGCGGACCUGGGCGUGUGCCUGCACAAGUCCUCCAGCGGCCUGGACCUGCCCAUGAAGGUGGUGGACAUGUUCGGGUGCUGCCUGCCCGUGUGCGCCGUCAACUUCCGCUGCUUACACGAGCUGGUGAAACACGAGGAAAACGGCCUGGUCUUCGAGGACUCGGAGGAACUGGCGGCUCAGCUGCAGAUGCUUUUCUCCAAGUUUCCUGAUCCUGCUGGCAAACUAAGCCAGUUCCGGAAGAACCUCCGGGAGUCAGAGCAGCUUCACUGGGAUGAGAGCUGGAGGCAGACGGUGCUCCCUUUGGUCACGGACACGUGACCCCUUGGGCCAAAGACUGAAACAC